AUGACUUUGGAGACUUUAGAGAUAUUUAAGUCCAGCCUCAACAAAUAUUGGGCCAUCAGGCAACGUCACAAGCGCUCCGUCCCUUCCAGCCCAGAGGAGCCUCAAGCAAUGGCAUCUGGUCAUUUCAUCGUUUUGUUCCUGUUCGUGUCUGGAGGAGUUUUCUUGGGAGAAGCUGCUCGGCAGUCUGAUAAAGAGUGUCCUCGAUAUUGGACCAAAUAUCUCAAUAAAUGUUUGGCAUAUAUACCUCAAAACAAGAAGUGGAUCGAAGGAGAGAUUUUCUGCCAACAUUUGAAAGGAAACCUGGCCUCAUUUCACACUGAAGACGAGCUCCGCUUCCUCAUGAAUAUGGUGUCUACUUCUUCAUUGACUUGGGUGGGGGCCCACGAUCACGCUGAGGAAGAUACUUGGUUGUGGACCGAUGGCAGCGUUUUUGAACCCAUUCCGUGGGGAAUGGGGCAGCCGGACAACUGGUAUGAUGGAGAAAACUGCAUGGAGAUUCACUGGCAGGGUCGCACCAAUGAUGCCGCGUGCAACCUAUUGAAGCCGUUUAUUUGUCAAAGGGAUAUUGACAUCGAGUGA